UAUGGAGUUGUUUUACCAUAACUCCUCAACCUGAAACACUCGAGGUGAAGUUGAAGCCAUUUUUAUUUUUAUUUUUUUAAAUUCAAAUUUCAAGUAUAAGUAAACCACUUGAUGAGGCCGAUGGACGCGCUUGUAUGUGCGUGCGUGUGCGUGCGUGCGCGUGCGUGCGUGCGUGUGCGUUGGCGUAUUCCAGUCCAGCGAGAGAGGAGGGACAAAGGCGGGGGGCGAGGGAUAAAUAUCCCCUCUGCUCUUCUCCCUCGCAUCACUUUCUGUCUCACUUCAUCUUCCCACCGAGGGUCAACUCAGAUAGCCAAGAUGCCUGAGAAAGUGUAAGUGUUGUGUUGGUCGUCUCUCAUCUGUGUUUAUUGUUAGCGCGUGAUUAGGAAACACAAUCACUGUGAUGACACUAAUGCCGCCGUUUGUUUCCAAUGCUUCCAUUACAAGGCCUGAGAGGAAAUCGAAAAUCUCAGCUUCUCGCAAGCUCAUGCUGAAGAGCUUGAUGGUGGCCAAGGCCAAAGAGGAUCUCGAGCAGGAGCUGGCGGAGAAGGAGGAGCAGAAGGAGAAGUACCUGGAGGAAAAAACACCCGCGUUAAAUAUCAACUCAAUGAGCUUGGAGGAGCUGCAGAUCAAAGACCUGAACAUCAAGGUUCUGGACCUACGAGGGAAGUUCAAGAGACCCAACCUUCGGCGGGUGAGAGUCUCGGCCGACGCCAUCCUGCGCUCGUUGCUGGGCUCCAAGCACAAAGUGUCCCUGGACCUGCGAGCCAACCUCAAGUCGGUCAAGAAGGAAGACACGGAGAAGGAGAAGACGGCGGAGGUGAGCGACUGGAGGAAGAACGUGGAGGCCAUGUCGGGCAUGGAGGGCCGCAAGAAGAUGUUUGACGCCGCAAAGGGCCCCGCGCAGUAGAAGACACGGCUCACGGAAUAAACCAUCUCGCUUCAUUUCAGUUCAGCAGAAGGCGACUCACAAGCUGAGCAUUUUUUUUUUUUUUUUGUCUCCCACUUCAUUUAGUGUGUUCUCUUUUCUGUGUCCCUGCAAUAAACACACAGCACAAACUGAA